AUGGUUGGUCUCAAGUUCCUGUCUUUGGCCACCGCCACCAUUUUCUUGCUGGACACCAACGGAGCAAACGCAGCUGGAAGUGCUGCCGACACCUACACGGCAAAGCGGGUGGACUGCUCGGCGUCAAUGAACGAGGCCCGCAAACUUGUCGGCUUCGCCGAAUUCACAGAGGGACAGACUGCAGAGGAAAAGCUCCCAAUAGACCCGGUUUCCAAAACAGCGGGGGCAACCGGGACGACAUACAUCGAGUCAGUCUGCUCGGCGUUGAAAGCUGUAAGACGUGACACUGAAUUCCUCAACAGCCAGCUCCCUUGCGCGCUUGAUGGCACCUACGCUUACGCUGUUCAAGAAGGAACCGAUGCUGACUGCGAAGCCGCAGUGGACCACUGGAAGGCUGCCCUGUCCAACUUCAAGAGCCUACCUCCGCAGUACACAGAAGACACAGAGCUGUACAAAGACCCCCAAAAUGUUUCUUUCAUUUCCCUCUUCAACCCUAAGGAAAACCCGAAAGUGGACUGCGCAUACUUCACCUGCCCAGCAAAGGAAAACAAGCCCAAACAGCAAAGCACCGAUGUUGUUGGGGGCACGGGGGACAAUGGUGAGAAAGACCCCAAUGCCGACGAGGGCGAUGGGGAUGACGAGGAAGAGCCAGAGACGGGAGAAGGGAGUGAAACCACAACAGACAAAGAAGUGAAGGCGCUUCUUUGCAUUACCACCCCCAAUGCCCUCACACAAGGCGCCGCCCCAUACACGCAAGCCCAGUGGGAUCAGAUCACCGCUGGACUCAACAAAAACGCUGCGCAUGCACUACCUAUCUCCCUUGGCUUUGCUGUUGCAGCAGUUGGCGUUCUCCUCCUAUGA